AUGGAUAAAAAAGUCUCUUGGUUGUUAAAAAGAGUUUCAAUUGAUAACCGUAAUUCCUUAAUUAGCGUCUCAUAUUUUGUGACUCGCCCAUCUAACGGUGACAUUGCUGUUGACGGCCGCUCUCAAUAUUGCUUUUCUUUUAAUAAACCUAAUCUCGUUGACAAGUCACGCGUUAAUAAGAUCACGAUUGUUCUUAAUAAUCUGAACUUUGAUGAAUUAUACAAACAAAAGGAAAAGUGGUUUAUUAUUCUCACUUCUGUUGACAUCCCUGACACCGUCCGUAAUCUCCUCUCCUUGGGCGAGAAGUUUGCUUUGCCCUCUCAGUGUCAAAAGAGUCGUUCGGUUUUAGAGACCAUAAAAGACGUUGAGAACAACAUCAGACUGUUAGAUCCGACGUCGAAAUCAAGAGUACGCUCUUUGUUUUCUUCGUCACUUGAACAUUUUCUACAUGAACAUCCUCGCUUAAAUAACCACGAGAGAAAUAUCAUUGAUAGUGCAAGGGUCACUAAUAAUUUUAUCAAAGACCACCCGAACAUUUUAUUCACUACAGCCGAUAAGGGCAAUGUUACUGUGGCUGUUAACAGAGUUGAUUAUGUCACUGGAAUGGAACUCAUUUUGAGUGACAAUGAUACUUAUAUCAAGUCUAAUAUUAAGAACCCGUCUAAACGUGUUGAAAAUAAUUUAAAUGAGUGUCUCAAAGCCUGGAAGAAUGCAAAUUAUAUUAACGCUAAUCAGUACUAUUUUUUAAUUUGUAACGACAAGCCACUCUCGCGGGCUUACGGACUUCCGAAAAUACAUAAGCCUAACACUCCAUAUAAAAUAAUAGUUUCUUAUACAAACACCACUCUGUUUAAUUUUGCCUCUUUUUUGCAUGGCAUUUUGCUUAAGAAUCUACCAAAACCUCGUAGCUUUGUACUUAACAGCUUUGAUUUAUUCGAAGGUCUGUCAUGUUCUCGUAUUGGUGGAUGUGAUGUAUUGUUCUCGCUCGAUGUAGUCUCGUUAUUUACUAACAUUCCACUUGAUUUGGCUUUUGAAGCGGUGAGAAAAAGAUGGAAUUUUAUUAAUGAACACACCAGCAUUCCUUUGGAAUCUUUUAUCAAAGGCCUUGAGCUCGUGCUUUCUUCGACCUAUUUUACGUUUAAUGAUACCAUUUACCAACAGACUUUUGGAACCCCCAUGGGUUCUCCUCUUUCUCCAAUCAUAGCAGAUCUUGUUCUACAAGACCUUGAGGAGAGUUGCUUCAAUAGUUUGAAUUUGGAGCUUCCAUUUUAUUAUCGUUAUGUAGACGAUGUUCUUAUGGCAGCUCCCAGAGAUAAAGUUGAUCUUAUUUUUCAAAAAUUCAAUUCCUACCAUCCUAGACUCAGGUUCACUAUUGAGUUGGAGAAAGAUAGAAAAAUCAAUUUUCUUGAUAUUUCGAUUGUAGACGACAUUUUAUUACUUGACUGGUAUCAUACACCUACUUUCUCGGGCCGUUAUCUCAAUUUUAAUUCUCAACACCCUUUUAAUCAAAAACUUGGAGUUAUGUACAGUAUUAUUGACAGAGCCAUAUUGCUUUCUCAUCCUGACUUCCAUAAAAAUAAUUUNAUUAAAGCUAUGCAUUUAAUCCUUGCCAAUGAUUAUCCCCUAGAUCUGUUUUUUAAGGUAGUCCAAAAGAAACUUCAUUUCCUAUUUAAAAACAAAUUAAACUUGUCAAGUGACGAGCCUACAUCGAGUGUGAAUCUCUUGAGUGGUGGAGAGAGUUUUUUCACUGUGCCAUUUUUGCCUAGUGUUACUGAUAUUAUUUCUAGAACUCUGAAUACAAUGAAUUUCCGUGUUUCUCACAGAAAUUUCAAUACUUUAAGUAAAUACAUCAAGGUUCAUAAAGAUUCACUCGACCGUAAAUUGAACAGUAACAUUAUCUACAAAAUCAACUGCUCUUCAUGCGAUGCAUCUUAUGUUGGCCAAACGAGUAGACAGCUACGUACUAGACUUACUGAGCAUCAACGUAACUUCCGCCAGAACUACAAACGACAAUCGGUGGUCAGCAGGCAUCGGACUGAUCUUGGACAUGAUUUCGAUUGA